AUGGAGGCACUAUCGCCGCCACGACUGACCUUAGCGCAGGAAAGGAAAUUAAGAGAAAGAAGAUGGAGAGGAAAACUGGAAAUUUUUAAAGUGAAAGAAGAAAUUUACAAACAUCAUUUUCUUGCACCUGAAUAUAGACCGAGACUCACUGAUCCAAGUCCACUUUGGAGGGAAUUUCAUAGACAAAAACAAGCCUUCAAUUUCACUGCUACUGGCAAGGAGGAUAUGCAUGUGUUUGCUGUUGACGUAGAUGAAUCUGGUCAAAGGAGAUACAUUGUGACUUCCUAUCAACAACUCAGACACACAGUAUUUGAUUGGAAAGAUAUCGAACCACCUCACUUCUAUGAGAUCAUACCAGAAGGCGCUGCAUGUCAUCUGUAUUUUGAUCUUGAAUACAGUAUAGAAUUAAACCCUGAAUCAGAUGGUGUAGCGAUGGUUGAUAUUUUUAUACAGUGUGUUUGUCAUUUUCUUCAUGAAUUAUAUGGAAUUCAGUGCAGUCGAAGAAACGUCAUUGAUUUGGAUGCAACAAGUAACAUUAAAUUUAGCAGACAUCUGAUAUUCAGGUUACCAGGCUCUGCUUUCAGAGACAAUAAUCAUACAGGUAAUUUUGUACAUCACGUGUGUACAGCUAUAGCAAACAUUGCAAGGAAUAAAGCCACUAAUAAUCAGAGUGAAUCCAAAGACCAGUCUGCUGAAGAAUCAAAGCCAAAGAAACAAAGAACAGAUCACUUACUUUCAGAUUUAGAUCUGAAUCAGUUGUUUGUGUUCAACAGAAGUAGUGAGAGAGUUCUGUUCGUUGACGAAGGUGUUUAUACUAAAAACAGAAAUUUUCGUCUUUACAAGUGUGCAAAGAAAGGCAAGACAAAUAUCUUUGAAUUAUCCAAACAGAAUGUAUAUAAAGCCAAACAAGAGAAAGGCUUACCACUAGAAUAUCAGAUGUUUACUGAUUCUAUUAUCAGUAAUGUGAAGUACACCAGUACAUUGCAAAUAUUAGAUUGCCAUGGCGAUGCUUCAAGAAGACAAACAAAACUUGAUGUAUCAAAUACUGAAUCUGGUACAUCCCCACUAAAACCAAAAGAUGACACUAUUGUUGAAGGGUUUCAGCAUUCCCCGUAUCCAGAACUAGACGACUACAUUAAAACACAGAUAAACACUGGUGGAGUGAAAUGGAUGAUUGUGGACCUGCAUCAAGGCGUGUUUUAUCAGAAAUGUCAUGACCCAGACUGUAAGGCAAAGAACUUUAAAACGCUUGAUAAAGCUGUCCCCGCUGAAUUCUUGCCUGGUUUCUAUGACGACCUGGAUGAUGAGGAACUUUUAGAGGCUCUUCAAAAGAUGGAAGAAGAGGAGGAAAAAAUGAAAGAUGAAGAAGCAAGUUUUGAUGAUGACAUUGAUGAUGAAACAUUGCUGAGAGCUGUUGAAAAGAUUGAAAGACAAACAUGA